UGCCGUCUGCCGAGUGCCGAGCCCGAGCCCGAGGUCAUUCAAUUUUUUCAUUCAUUGUUUUUGAAGAUCAUAACCUGUGUUGGUUUUCUGGAACCAGGGUAAAAUAAUACAAUAUGCCUAAAAUACCUCCAGAAACAUUACGAGAUGUAUCCCCAGUGGUAAAAGCAAUCCGGGAUUUUCUCUUGGGUAGAUCACACACAAAAGCACUGAGGUUUGCUGACUACUAUGCUGCUCGUACUCAGCCCCCUCCAGUUCUGCCAGAUGGUCCUCAUAGCAAACUCUCUAGCAACUACUACUACACUCGCGAUGGACGUCAUGAGGUUAAGCCACCACUGUUGCUAGCUAGCGACCAGAAACUCAUUGCAGCCACUCACUCAAAGGAUGUAGCAGCAAGGGAUGUCAAGUCUAGGACUCCAGGAAAAGUGUACCACUGGGACUGAAUGAUUACGUGGUUUAAAUAGAACUUAAUUAAGAAUGUUAAUAGUAGUUUGUGUGUUAAAUAAAUUAAAUCUUGUUGAUAA